UGAAACCUUUAACUCACUUUUUUGUCGGAGGCGGCAAAGUUAGAAAGUCACGACCUGAGUUUCGUAAUGGCUGAAGAAACCGUCAAGAAACGUAGACCCUUCAAGAAGUUCUUCUAUCGAGGUGUUGAUUUAGACCAGCUUCUGGAUAUGAACUUGGAUCAGUUAGCCCAGCUGAUGCCUGCUCGGAUACGCAGAAGAAUUAAAAAAAAACUUCGUAAUAAACACAUGACGCUUCUAAAAAAGCUUAGGAAAAGCAAGAAAGAAUGUCCUUUUGGUGAAAAGCCGGCUGCUGUCAAAACUCAUAUCAGAGAUAUGAUUGUUCUUCCCGAGAUGAUCGGAUCAGUUGUUGGUGUUUAUAACGGAAAGUCAUUUAACACUGUCGAGAUCAGACCUGAAAUGCUCGGCCACUACCUCGGAGAAUUUUCAAUAACCUAUAAGCCUGUCAAGCACGGCAGACCUGGUGUUGGUGCUACUCACAGUUCCAGGUUUAUCCCUCUUAAAUAAUAUGUCCAUGUAAUAAAUUGCUGGUCAAAUCAUCCUCUUUUUGAAUAAAUGACUGUAAUGACAUU